AUGUUGUUUUUCCCCGCGGCCUUGUGUCGAAGAGCGAUUAACGCUCGCUUGACAAACCCCUGCCCGGGCCAUUUGGGAGUUACACGCGUUCACGCCCGGGGUUCAGCCCGUCGGGUCUUCGCGCUCAGCCUUUCGGUCUACGCGGCCGCAGGAGGGAGGGAGGCGCAGAGGGGGCAAACCUCUAAAUACGCGGCAGCCCGAGGGGCCUAUAUAAGCUUGGGUGGCGCGUCCGGAGGCUGGAAGAGGCCAGGCCCACCCGCCAGCCGGCGGCCUUCCGCCGAGCCCCGCCGCGACAUGCAAACCCCGGAGCGCGCAGAACCCCGGGCCGCGAGGGGCGCGCUCGGCCUCCGCCCGCAGUCCGCGGCCCCUGACCGCCAGCCGCGGCGCCGAGGCGCGGACUCCGGACUGCCAGGCUUCUGGAGGCCGUGGGCAGACGCCCGAGGCGGGGAGGAGGCGGCGGCGGCGCCGAGCCCCGACGCGGAGGCGAUGCUGGAUGGCCCCGGAACGAUCGUAGCCUCAGGAAAGCUUUCCCAGUACAGACACCCAGUCAGACUAUUUUGGCCAAAAUCAAAGUGUUAUGAUUACUUAUAUCAAGAAGCAGAAGCUCUGCUGAAAAAUUUUCCAAUUCAAGCCACAAUUUCAUUUUAUGAAGAUUCUGAUAGUGAAGAUGAGAUUGAGGAGCUGAUGUGUGAAAAUUAAUCUGAUUAGUUCCUUUUGAUAACAUUCAAAGCUUGUAGGAUCUAAAUUUAGUGUACAAAUGUAUCAUAAUCCUUUUAAACUAAUUUAUUUGUAUAUAAGUUAUUAAUAAA